AUGAACAUCUCACUGGAAGGGCCUUCUCUGGGCUUUCCAUUAUUCAGGACUGCUACAGAUGGUGCAACUUUUGGUUACAACAAAAUUUGGAGCUUUCCGCCAACUAUGGACCUGAGUUACAAUAUUCUAAGUGGACCCAUUUUGCCCACUUUUGGGAUUUUGAGAAGGCUACAUGUUCUAAAUCUCAAUCAGAAUCACCUCUCAGGAUCGAUUCCAGAGAGUCUGUCAGGAAUGACAAACUUGGAAAUUUUGGAUUUGUCCCAUAACAAAUUAUCUGGAGAGAUACCUAAUUCAAUAGUGCAGCUCAGUUUUCUGUCAAAGUUCAGUGUUGCAUAUAAUGAGCUUUAUGGGGAAAUCCCAGCAGGAGGUCAGUUCAUGACUUUCCCAUAUUCAAGCUUUGAAGGGAACAAUGGCCUUUGUGGUAGAAUCUAUACACCAUGUCAGCCUGAACAUGCUCCUACCAUUUCUCGUGGUGAACAAAUGAUAAUAUUUGGUUCUCAAUUUGCAUAUGGAGUUGUGACUGGUUUUCUUCUCACCGUCACCAUCUGCUUUAUGUCCGGUUGGAUCGUUCCAAGAGGGGCACCGUUUGGAGUGCUGAAUCCAAGACAAACUGAUACCAGCUAG